GUUCAUGGCAUUUGAAGGCAACACCACUGAGGCUGAGGCUGAGAAUGACCACAUUCAAAUUGAAAUGUCAUCGGAUUCAGAUUCAGCCACACUGUUCCGCUGUGCACAACGACGAUCUCCAAGCUCUGUUACAGAUCCUUCCAUCUGAUUUGCAUCACAAUCUCCUCAAUCAACCUAACAGGCCUCUUCUUUUAGAGGUUAUAUUGGACUUGGGUCGUUUUCCAGAAGCUCGUUAUCUUGGCAAACAUGGAGGCCAACAUUUAAGGGACACUGAGGUAACAGUGAAAGAGUUGGAAUAUGCUCAACAAGCUGUUGGAGAAUUUGGGAGGGACAAUAGAGCUGGCAUUGAGGGUACAUUGCACAGAAUAUCUGCAAUAAGGAGUAGGAGAGGUAGCAUAGUUGGUUUGACAUGUCGAGUUGGGAGGGCGGUCAGUGGCCAGAUUGAUAUGAUAUAUGAUCUGCUUCAAUAUGGGAAGAGCAUUUUAUUUGUUGGAAGGCCUGGGGUUGGCAAGACUACUGUUAUGCGAGAGAUUGCUCGUGUCUUGUCUGACGAAUUUCACAAAAGAGUGGUAGUUGUUGAUACCAGCAAUGAAAUUGGAGGCGAUGGCAAUAUUCCACAUGCAGCAAUAGGAGGUGCGCGAAGAAUGCAGGUACCUGAGCCAUCACUGCAACACAGAGUGAUGAUUGAGGCAGUAGAAAAUCACAUGCCUGAGGUGAUUAUAGUGGAUGAGAUUGGCACAGAAGCUGAAGCUCAUGCUUGCCGGUCAAUUGCUGAGCGAGGCAUCAUGCUUAUUGGGACUGCUCAUGGACAGCUGCUUGAGAAUAUCAUGAAGAAUCCGAUACUCUCUGAUCUGAUUGGCGGAAUAGAAACUGUUACUCUGGGAGAUGCAGAAGCCAGAGCAAGAAAUUGUCAGAAGACAAUUCUUGAAAGGAAAGCUCCUCCAACAUUUGAUUUCUUGAUUGAGAUGAGAGACAGACACUACUGGAUUACACAUCAGACUGACAAAAGUGUAGAUAUGUUGCUUCGAGGAAAAAGUCCACAGGUUGAGGUAAGAAAAAGAGAUGAAAAAUGCAAGGUUGUGAUAGAAAAAUCUAAAUUAUAUGAUAGAUGCCAAAUUUGAUUUUUCCCUUGCCCAUAACAUGAUUCAUUUUGAAGCAGUCUAGGAUUGUUUGUGUACCAAAAAAAUUCACAUUUUAAAGUGAUAAACCUGUUCAGCAUUUUUGUAAAUUGCGUGUUUCAUUGGUAUUACUAUGAAUGUGUAUCUUUUACACUUUGAAGUUACAUCCUUGUGCCCUUCUGUCGUGGCACUUUAUU